AUGUCAAGAUCAACCGCUCCAGACAGUCCAGCGUCCAUAGUAUGGACCGAGGAAGAGAAGCGAUACCUCCGCGCCAUGCUACGCCUCGACUUCCUCGAGUCCAGCGCGACAUCAGAGCUCCGCAGAGCCCUGACCAUGAGACGGCCGAACGGCGGAACCGGACCCGCUUCACCGCAGAACCACAUCCGGAACAACGAUAGCAAGCCCCCGGCGGGAGAGUUCAGGGUGCUCGUCAUCGGAGCCAAGGGCACAGGAAAGACGUCGAUUCUUACACGGAUCUGCAAAGGCCGUCUUCCCAAUCCCGAUGAACCGCACGAUCCAUUUUACGACCAAGGCUGCCGGCACAUCACCGAAAUCGACGGCCAAAACUACACCGUCGACGCCCUCGAAAUGCCCUCCAAACACCUCUGGCGCGACGACCUAGUCCAACAAGCCAUCAACAUCACCGAAGCGGCCAUCCUCGUCUACGACGUCACGGACCCGGACUCCCUCCGUCUCGCCCGCGGCCUGCACGAACUCAUCCGGGACACCAUUUCCGGCGGACCUACCACCAUGGCCACGGGACAACCCUCCAACUCCACGACAUCACCGAAUAACGCCGCUGCCCGGGAAUACGCGCUGCUUUUAGUAGGCAACAAAUCGGAUGACGAGGCGGCGCGACGCAUCGCCUACUCCGACGGCUCCAAGGUGGCCACCUCGUUCCACGUCAAGACGAGUUUCAUGGAGGUCUCGGCGAGGACGGGGGACCAGAUCACCUUGCUGUUUCCGAAGAUCGCGAGGGAGAUAUUGACGCUGAGGUCUAUGAAUCAGCAGCGGAAGGAGUUUGCUGAGAAAAUGGAGAGGAUGAGGGUGGAAGCGCAGGAGAUGCAGGCGAAGAGGAAGCAGGGAUUGUGGAAAAGACUUAGUCGGCCUUUCUUCCUGAGGAGGGAGGUGGCUCAGAUUUGA